AUGCAAGGAAGUGACGGCGGCGGCCAAGAGUUUGAAGCGGCGAAAGCUGCCAUCUUGGCCGUGGUGAAAAACGCGAACGUCGUUCCGAACAGAGUGGAUAAGUAUCCAAUCACGGUGACCAUCGAGGAGGAACAGUUAGGAAUGAUUUACAGCGGAAGGCAGCAAGGAUUUUUCGGGAAAAACGGACGACCGGCGAUGCGAGAGGUGGAGGAAGCGCUGAGGAGUAAGUUGUAG